AUGCUCCUUUCCGCCAGUCGCGACAAGACCUUGAUCAUCUGGAACCUGACCCGCGACGAGACUGAAUAUGGAUAUCCCAAGCGAAGCCUCCACGGCCACUCUCACAUCGUCUCUGACUGUGUUAUCUCCUCCGACGGUGCCUACGCUCUCUCCAGCUCUUGGGACAAGACUCUCCGUCUCUGGGAGCUCUCCACCGGCAAGACUACCCGCACCUUCGUCGGCCAUACCAACGACGUCCUCUCCGUCUCCUUCUCUGCCGACAACCGCCAGAUCGUUUCGGGCUCCCGUGACCGAACAAUCAAGUUGUGGAAUACUCUUGGAGAUUGCAAGUACACCAUCACCGACAAGGGCCACACCGAAUGGGUCUCUUGCGUUCGCUUCAGCCCCAACCCCCAGAACCCCGUCAUUGUCAGCUCUGGCUGGGAUAAACUCGUCAAGGUUUGGGAACUCUCCACCUGCCGCAUCCAGACCGACCACAUCGGCCACACUGGCUACAUCAACACCGUCACCAUCUCCCCCGACGGCUCUCUCUGCGCUUCCGGUGGAAAGGACGGAAUCACCAUGCUCUGGGAUCUUAACGAAUCCAAGCACCUCUACUCCCUUCAAGCUGGUGACGAGAUCCACGCUCUCGUCUUCUCUCCCAACCGCUAUUGGCUCUGCGCUGCUACCACGAGCUGCAUCACCAUUUUCGAUUUGGAGAAGAAGAGCAAGGUUGACGAGCUCAAGCUUGACUUGGUUGAGGGUGGCAAGAAGAGCGGCGAGCCAGAGCCAAUCAGCUUGGCCUGGUCUGCGGACGGCCAGGUCCUCUUUGCUGGUUACACUGACAACAAGAUUCGGGCCUGGGGUAUUGUGUCAAGGGCAUAG